AUGAAAGAUAGACUUCAAGAACUCAAACAGCGAGCAAAAGAAUUUGAGCUCUCUACAAACAGUCAUAAGAAGUCUACUAUAGAGAUAGAAGAACAUGAAGAGUUUUCACAACUAGCUAUCAUUUAUGAAAGAGAACCUAUAGCUCAGAGAUAUCUACAUGGCAUCCAAAGACUUCAGGAGAGUAUUAAUAAUUUGGCAGAUGAUGUUCAAAAAUUUGGUCAGCAGCAAAAGAGACUGGUAGCUUCCAUGAGAAGAUUCAGUCUUCUUAAGAAGGAAUCUAGCCUUACAAAAGAAAUGAAAACGCAAGCAGAGAAUAUUAACAGGGGCUUAAAUGAUUUGUUAAAAGAAAUUAAAAAAUCAGAAACUGAAAAUGGUCCUUCAUCAGCUAUCACAAGAAUUCUUAAAUCUCAAUAUGCUGCCAUGUUCCAACAAUUCCAGGAUACUAUGUUUAUAUAUAAUGACACAAUAGCAACAAAGCAGGAAAAAUGCAAGACAUUCAUUAUUCGUCAGCUUGAAGUUGCUGGAAAAGAUGUGUCUGAAGAAGAAGUGAAUGAUAUGCUUCAACAAGGGAAAUGGGAAGUUUUUAACGAAAGUUUGCUUACAGAAAUCAACAUCACUAAAGUACAGCUCUCUGAAAUUGAACAAAGACACAAAGAACUUAUUAAUUUGGAGAACCAGAUAAAAGAUUUAAGAGACCUUUUUAUCCAGAUAUCAUGUUUAGUAGAGGAGCAAGGAGAGAGCAUAAACAAUAUUGAAAAGACAAUAAAUGAUGCACAGGAGUACUGCAACAAAACAAAAGAGCAAUUCAAACUAGCUGUUAAGUAUAGAAAAAGAAACCCUUGCACGGUUUUGUGUUGCUGGUGCUGUCCUUGUUUCGGCUAA